CAUACACUAACUUAUUCACUUGUGACUUUGUUCCUACAAUUUCUAAAUACUAGAUCGUCCAUUCUAUAUAAAUAUUGUAAAAAUGGUGUACUUAAUUAAAUGGUUUAUUUUUCUGCUAGCGGUUGGCGCUGGACUUACCCAGUCGCAGACAAGAGGCGAAUGUCCACGAGGAAGGGAAGUUAGUUCGUGCGACUUUGACUACGACAUAAAUUGUUUGGAAGACAUGGACUGCACGACCAGAGGCAAAAUUUGUUGUCCGGAUGGAUGCAAUAAGAGCUGCAUGGACCCAAUUCGCCGUCCCCCCACAAAAGCAAGACGACUGAAAUGUCCACGAAGGGGUCCACCUUCCUAUACACCCUGUGUAUUCGACCCAGAAACGAAUUGUGUAGAAAACUCUGACUGCGGUGAUGUCAGGAUAUGUUGUCCCUCAGAAUGUGGCAAAGAAUGCGUUUACGGAGUUGACACUUCUCGUCAAUAUGCCAGACGUGGAGAAGUUUGGUUACGUUAAGCUCAUAAAUGUUUAUAAUUAUGUUAGUUAACUAAUUUCAGCAAUGUACAUACAUCAAAAGUAGAGUGAAAUACAGCAAUCUAUGCCAUACCUUCUCGUUAAGAA